AUGCAAAGAGAUCUAAAUUUCAACCACCAUGCUAAAUGCGAAAGGCUCCAUAUCACAAACUUAACUUUUGUUGAUGAUGUCCUACUUUUUUCCAAGAGUGAUUAUAGGUUUGUUGAAUUUUUGUUGGAGACUCUUGCUAAAUUCUCAAACUCUAUUGGUUUGUUUGUCAACCCUAUGAAAUGUAAGGUGUUUUUUGGUGGGGUUGAUGAAGCCACAAGAAUGCAAAUCACUAACUUGACCAACUUUGAGCAAGGUACAUUCCCAUUUAGAUACUUGGGCAUCCCCUUGACCUACAAACAAUUGAGUGACCACUAUUACAUGCCGCUUGUGGAUAAAAUUGUAGGGAAGAUUAAGCAUUGGAGUAGUCAUCUUCUAAGCUAUGCUGGCAAAACUCAACUUAUCAGGUUUGAAUAUUUUGUUGUGGCUAACUUUUGGAUGCAGUGUCUACCAUUCCCCAAAGUUGUGAUUCAAAAAAUUGAUGCAAUUUUGAGGUCUUUCCUUUGGACUGGUAAAUCUGAUAUCAGUAGGAAAAGUCCUAUUUCGUGGAAAACCAUCUGCAACCCUAAGAAGUUUGGCGGUCUCAACAUAAUUGAAUUGGGAUCCUGGAACUCAACUACAAUGUUGAAGCUAUUACGAAUAUAUGCAAAAAGUAUGAUAAUCUUGGGUAAGGUGGGUUCAUACCUACUUCUUAAAAGGUUCUGA